AUGUCGUCUCAAGGCAGACAGACCAGCUCUUUGCAACAGCCCAAGGAACCUCAAAAGAAACCCAACAUCUCAUCGCCGGCCUCCCUCCUCUGGGCCCAUCAGCUCCAUCGCGAACAAAAUGCGCUCUCAGCCCAAAUGCUAGAGCUCGAGGCUUCACUGAAGGCCUCCAUCACAACAACCAAUGAGUCCAUAAUGUUAAAAUUAGACGCGUUCACAGGGCAGCUUAACCAUCUGAAGAGCGAGGUUGAGCAAUUAAGACGUGAUGGAGCAGCGGAGGCUGACAAGAGAGCAAAGUCUUUGGAGGAUAAGUUAAGCGAGAGGCUUGAUAGUGUGGAUGACAAGUUGCUGGCUGAAUUUGGGAGAAAUACUGAGAUGACUAGUGAGUUGGUUCGGGUGGAGCUUGGGAGAUACAGAGACGAGAUUAUUGAUGCUAUUAAGACAGUUGCGGCUGAAUCAAAACAGCAGGCUCCUGAUACCUCGAGGCCAAAGGAUAGUGUCCCACCACUCACCUCCCUGGAGGAUCCAAGCCUUCAGGCUGCUAACCCUGCUUUGGCCGCUUCAAACCCUUUCCCUCUUGGAACGCAACCCACGAUUGUUUGGCAGGAGAGUGUACGUUCGUUAUCAACGAAUUGUGAUGGUCCAGGACAGGCUUCAAUUCGCCCUACCGCCCACCCAACCGAUAUCGAAACAAGGGAACAUAUCAACCAUUCAGUACGAGCCAUAAUCAAAGACAAACAGCGGGCUUCUCUCGAACUUAUAAUGCAAGGAUCAAUUCCGUUGUCUAAGUUUUUGGAACUUGGAGCAACAUAUACUGCCCAAGGACACGCCGAGAGCCGGGUGGUGGAAGCGUUGUGGAAAGGGCUAAAUGAUCCCGACUUGCGAAGGCUUGUUGCGAAAGAGAUGCCGGAUAGCUUUGACCAGUGGACAUGUACCAAGUUCCAUGACGUGGCUAGAAUGCUAGAUGUACAGAAAGUGGGAGUGGAUAAAGAUGCAGAGAAAGCAACGGUAAAACCGGCCGAAGGCAGAAGGAAGAAGAGACGGCGAGUGAUUUCGUUAGUUUGGCCGACAGAGGAUAAUGAAGAUGAAGGCUAG